AGGCAGUUCAUAACACAUCGGUUCAUUCCAGUAUAUACAAGCCAUGGCCGCCCAGGAAAUUGAGUCGAAGAAGCGGAAGAGAAAGCACAAGAGCAAGAAGGGAGACGACGACGCUGCAGCGGCGCAGCCAGCCAACGGUGCGACUGAGACGGAGAGUGUGAAACCCCGCAAGAAGGCAAAAAAGGAGCAUACGCCCGAGCCCGACGUCGAGGAUGUCGCUGAUAGCACCCUUAAUGAGCAGGAAGAAGAUGAGGAAAGUGAGGAAGAACUGAAUCAGGAGCUUAAAAAGAUCGCCGCGGAGACCGAUGUCGCGAAGGUGGACGCUGAGCCUGAGUCGGCGGAUGGAGAGAAUGGGGAAGCUCCCACCGAUCUUCCCUCCGGAGCGAACGUCUCACUACCAACCGUUGACGAUCCGAAGAAGUUCUCCGAUUUGAACCUAAGCGACCGCACCAACCAAGCGAUUAAAGAGAUGGGCUUCGAGGACAUGACAGAGAUUCAGCGGAGAGCUAUACCGCCCUUAAUGGCAGGCAAGGACGUGCUUGGAGCUGCAAAGACUGGGUCGGGGAAGACUCUCGCUUUCUUAAUUCCUGCGGUGGAGAUGCUGUCGGCGAUGCGCUUCAAGCCCCGCAACGGUACUGGUGUCAUCGUCGUCUCACCCACGAGAGAGCUCGCUCUACAAAUUUUUGGAGUUGCGCGGGAGCUCAUGGAGAAGCACUCGCAAACGUUUGGUAUUGUCAUCGGAGGUGCGAACCGGAGAGCGGAGGCUGAGAAACUCGUCAAGGGUGUAAAUCUGCUCAUUGCGACUCCCGGACGGCUUCUGGAUCAUCUGCACAAUACCCAGGGUUUUGUUUUCAAGAACCUGAAGAGUUUGAUCAUCGACGAGGCGGACCGGAUAUUGGAAGUUGGUUUCGAAGACGAAAUGAGAUCUAUAAUCAAAAUCCUGCCCAAGGACCGUCAGACCAUGCUUUUCUCGGCGACACAGACGACGAAGGUCGAGGAUCUCGCCCGUAUCUCGCUCAAACCGGGUCCGCUCUACAUCAACGUGGACUACCGCAAAGAGCAUGUGACGGUCGAGGGACUCGAACAGGGCUACGUCGUCUGCGACUCUGACGUUCGAUUCAAACUCCUCUUCUCCUUUCUCCGGAAACACCAAAAGAAGAAGAUCAUCGUCUUCUUCAGCUCGUGCAACAGUGUCAACUUUUACUCUGAACUACUCAACUACAUCGACCUUCCCGUGUUGGCGCUCCAUGGCAAGCUCAAGCAGCAGGUCCGGACGAACAAGUUUUUCGAGUUUUGCAAUGCCACAUCGGGGACGCUUAUCUGCACGGACGUAGCGGCAAGAGGGCUCGAUAUCCCUGAGGUGGACUGGGUUAUUCAGUUUGAUCCUCCUGAUGACCCACGGGACUACAUCCACCGUGUUGGCCGUACAGCGCGUGGUGCCAAUGGCAAGGGCCGGUCACUGAUGUUCUUGCUGCCAUCAGAACUGGGCUUCUUGUCCCUUCUCAAGGAAGCGCGUGUGCCGCUGGUGGAGUUUGAAUUGCCUGCGAACAAGAUCCUCAAUAUUCAGAGCCAACUGGAGUCGCUGAUCAGCAAAAAUUACUAUUUAAAUAAGUCCGCCAAAGAUGGAUACCGUUCCUACCUCCAGGCGUACGCCUCGCACAGUCUGCGGUCCGUCUUCGACGUGCACAAGCUCGAUCUAGUGAAGGUGGCAAAGAGCUUCGGAUUUGCAACUCCGCCGCGGAUCGAUAUUUCGCUGGGGGCGAGUUUGAGCAGAGACAAGAAGAUCGAGGGCAGGAGAGCGUAUGGGAGCCAACCGCGGCAAGGAAACCGGCCUCACAAGCCCAAGAGGGGAUAAGCAUGCAUCCUAGAAAUGCUAGGACUGGUGUUUGGAGUUUGCACGUGUAAAAGGGGGGAAUCCUAUGAGUUUUCGGAUAUGCAGCUAGCUCUCAUGUAGUCCUAUGCCGAACGUUUUCUGUCUGAGAUGACACUAAA